AUUUUAUGUCAUGCGCUAAAUUCAAUGGCGUAUUCGCCUUUAAUGUCGUUGUCAUUCUAACCUGCGGUAGUUCUGCCCUUUGAAGGGGAAACGAAACAAUAAUUUUGUAUUCUUAUAUUUUUACAAUAUGAGUCGUUUCUUUGCAACUGGCUCAGACUCUGAGUCUGAGAGUGCAUCCGAAGAGGAACAGGUACCAAGGGGACCAACUGCAGCUUUUACGUUCAGUGAUGAAGAGGAAGAAACAAAAAGAGUUGUUCGCUCAACAAAGGAAAAGCGAUAUGAAGAAAUUGCUAAUUUGAUUAAGCUUAUAAGAAACUAUAAGAAGAUCAAAGAUAUGAGCAGUAUGCUUUCCAGUUUCGAGGAUUUGAUGCGUGCCUAUCAGAAGGCAUUACCUGUAAUUGCUAAAGAGGAAGCUGGUCAAACACCACGCUUUUAUGUCAGGUGUUUGGUAGAAAUGGAAGAUUUUAUUAACGAAGUAUGGGAAGAUCGUGAAGGUCGUAAAAAUAUGUCAAAAAAUAAUUCAAAGUCUUUAACUUCAUUGCGUCAAAAGCUUCGCAAAUACAAUAAAGACUUUGAAGAUGACAUAUCUAAGUUUAGAGAGAAUCCAGAUCAAGAUGACGAUGAAGAAGAAGAAAAACCUGAAGAAGUUGUAGAAUCUGAAGAAGAAGAAGACAAUACAGUUGCUUUCAAAAAAGCUGGUUCUGAAGCAAGUGAACCAGACAUAUCUAAAUUCAAGAAAAGUGUAGCUGAUGGCGAAGAAGGUAGCGAAAGCGACUCUGACUGGGGCAGUUCCUCGGAUAGUGAAAGUACAAGUAGCGAAGAUGAGGGCCAAUAUCAAAACAUUCGUGACCGUUUUAUUAAAAAGGCAGCAGAUAAAGAAGAAGAAGAAGAUAAAGCAAAGCGGAAAGAACAGCGCAAGGAACGUAAAGAUAAAGAAAGGAAAAAGAGGAAGGAUGAAGAUGAUGGAGAAGGCGAAUGGGAAACUGUGAAAGGCGGUGUCGCUAUUCCAUCCGAAAAACCAAAAAUGUUUGCUAAGGACGCCGAAAUCAACGUAGCUGCUGUUUUGAAGAAGUUAUCCGAAAUUAUAGCAGCUCGUGGCAAAAAGCGCACAGACAGACGAGAACAGAUAGAAUUGCUACACGAAUUGCAAUCGAUAGCUGACGCUCAUAAUCUUGGACCAGCAGUGGCAGUAAAGAUUAAAUUUUCCAUUGUGUCGUCUAUUUUUGAUUACAACCCUAAAGUGUCGGAUGCGAUGAAGCCCGAGUAUUGGUCCAAGAUCUUAGAACGCAUAACAGAGAUGCUUGACAUGCUAUUAAACACUAAAGAAAUGGUAAUCGCUGAAAGCGUGUCGGAAGAUGCGGAGGAAUUCGAAACCGCUCCGUAUAAAAUUCACGGAUGCGUGUUAACGUUAGUGGAACGUUUAGACGAAGAAUUUACGAAACUUUUGAAAGAAUGCGAUCCGCAUAGUAAUGAAUACGUGGAACGAUUAAAAGAUGAAAAACAAGUGUCUAUGAUAAUCGACAAGGUUCAAGAGUACUUGGAAAGGCAAAGAACCGUGUCUGAGCUUUGUCGUGUUUAUCUACGGAAAAUUGAGCAUUUGUAUUACAAAUUCGAUCCCAAUGUUCUUAAACAGAAAGAGGGUGAGCUGGGUCCAGAUGUCAUUACGUCUGUCCAAGUAAUGGAAAAACUUUGUAAAUAUGUUUACGCCCACGAUGGAACAGACAGGUUAAGAACUCGAGCAAUCCUUUCUCAUAUUUAUCACCAUGCGCUUCAUGAUAAUUGGUUCCAAGCGCGCGAUCUAGUUUUAAUGUCCCAUUUACAGGAAACCAUUCAACAUUCUGAUCCAGCUACGCAAAUUUUGUACAAUAGAACCAUAGCUCAUUUAGGAUUGUGUGCGUUCCGUCAUGCAAAUAUCAAGGACGCGCACAAUUGUUUGGUAGAUUUAAUGGUAACAGGAAAGGUAAAGGAACUUUUGGCUCAAGGUCUUCUUCCUCAGAGACAACACGAGCGUAGUAAAGAGCAAGAGAAAAUUGAGAAACAAAGGCAAAUGCCUUUCCACAUGCACAUCAACUUGGAACUUCUGGAAUGCGUUUAUUUGGUUUCCGCGAUGCUCAUUGAGAUCCCGUACAUGGCUGCUCACGAAUUUGAUGCGAGAAGAAGAAUGAUCUCCAAAACUUUUUAUCAGCAAUUAAGAUCAAGUGAACGCCAGUCGUUAGUUGGUCCUCCAGAAUCGAUGAGAGAACACGUCGUGGCUGCAGCAAAGGCAAUGCGUAACGGAAAUUGGCUAGCGUGUAAUAAUUUUAUAAUCAACGAGAAGAUGAACGCUAAAGUUUGGGAUCUUUUUUACCAAGCGGACAAAGUCCGAGACAUGCUCACGAGAUUAAUCAAAGAAGAAGCUUUGAGAACGUAUUUGUUCACUUACUCGCACGUCUACGAUUCUAUCUCUAUGCCCAAAUUAGCAGAGAUGUUCCAACUGAAGCGACCUGUUGUUCAUUCCAUUAUAAGUAAAAUGAUUAUUAACGAAGAGCUCAUGGCGUCACUGGAUGACCCUACGGAGACUGUCGUUAUGCAUCGUAGUGAACCAAGUCGCCUUCAGUCGUUGGCGUUACAACUCACCGACAAAGUAAACAAUUUCGUCGACUCUAACGAGCGUAUCUUCGAAAUGAAACAAGGAAACUUCUUCUCGAGAGGAAAUCAAGGAAACUUCCGUGACAGACAAAAUUAUAACAGGCAGGGACAAGAUUGGGGUCGGCAAAGACGUGACCGUGAUAGAGAUCGUGCUCGAGAAGAGAAUCGAAAUUAUUAAAUCAGAAAAUAUCGAAUGUUAUUUACUUGGGUGUUUGACAAUGGAAUAUAAUUAUACCGUGUAUGCACUCAUGUAAAUAAUGUUGAAAAUAACAGUAUAUAAAGUAACAGUAUAUUGUUUUAGUAUACCACUGAAAUAUCCGUGUUUCUAUAUUUACAAUUUUUAUUUUCUAAAUAUAAAACAAUCAAUUUACAGUAAAACAAUAAAAAAUAUCAAUUACAUCUUUCUAACUUA